UUUCGCGCCAAAUUCGGCUGCAGAUCGUAUGAUUGUGUGCGUGUUCAACUGCAGAAUUGUUUUAUUUUAAUAGAAUUAUUGCUGAUCCAAUAAAAUGAGUGAAACAGUUGCAGAAACUGCAACAGCAGCGGAAAAUGGCGAGAAAGAAAACGACUCCAUGGAAAAGCUACAAGUUGACGACGAAGACGAAAAGAACGUGUCGGUCGAAGAUAUUUUGGGUGGCAAUACAUUGAUAAUGUCGGACAGCGAAGAUGAUGAGACGCCAGCGCCAACAGGUAAACAAACUUCACCUAAGAGCAGGGCGCAGCGGCUAGAAGAUAGCGAUGAAGAGUGUGGAGUUGAUAAAGGAACAGCAGCAGCAACCGCAAAAUCAGUGCAAGCAGAAGAAGAGUUGGAGACGGGGGAAAAUGUGGUGCCAAGGCCCAAGAAAAAGGUAUCGGCAAUUAUUGACUCUGAAAGCGAGGAGGAACAAAGUGUAGAAGCCAAAAUGGGGGAAGAUAAAGAGCAGGACCAGGAGGAAAAAGAAAAGUCAAAGCUCAAAUCUAAGAAAAAGAUAUUGGCAAUUAUUGACUCUGAAAGCGAGGAGGAGCAAGUGGAAGCAGAGGAAGGAGCAACUAAACAAAAGAAUGAAGAACAAGAUCAUAAACCUAAGUCCAAAAAGAAGAUAUCCGCAAUUAUCGACACUGACAGCGAGGAAGAAAGCCAGGAGGAGCAACAGAAGCAGGAGAAGAAGAUGAGCAGGAAUGUGACCAAGAAGAAGCGACAACGAAUGGACAGUGAGAAAGAAGAGAACAGUGCGUCAUCCAGCGAUGAAGAAUCAAGCAAUAAACUGAAAGGCAUUGUCGAUUCAGAAUCCGAGGCAGAACGCAGCAAUGAAGAGGAGCCCAUGGAGCAGCAGGAGAGGAAUGAUGCUCCUAAGGACAAGUCCAGCAAAUCCAAGCCCAUGCGAGCUACGGCGAAGAAGGCGCUGGACGCGAUGCAGGCCAUACAGAGCGAGCAACAGCGUCUGCAACGUGAGGCGCACAUUAGUGUACCUUAUCAUCAGCCCAAGCCGCGCACGCUGAAGGAGUUUCUCAGUCGUCGCACCAUCAACAAGCCGCUGGCAGUGGCCAUGGCAGGCGGCAGUCCCAUGCCCGCCAAGAAGGAGCCCAGAAAAUCGAUGGCAUUGCGUAUGAAUAGCGAUGAGUUGCAGGCAUAUGCCAAGCUGAUGGAGGAACGGGCAAAAGAGGCUACAGAGUUUUUCAAAUCUGAAUCAGAGCACGAAGAAGAUGACGUUGAAGAGGAUGAGCCUAUGGAAUUGAAAGAUAAUGCAGGUGUGCUGGACACUGCAACAGAAAGCGGAGAGCUAGCAAAUGAAGUUGAAGAUACUUCAGCCGUUCCAGAGUCUGAGUCAGCAGCAGAUGUCCCUAUAGAUGAUCAUGAAGCAAACUCCGUUGAUGUCGAGGCAGAGAUUGUGCCAGAAACCCAGCUCAUAGCAGAGGCAAUUUCACCUAGCAAAGUGAUGCUAGUAACCGAGGUUGUGGAACUGCCUAAACUUGAUCUAAGCACACUGAACAUAACUCCGCCGUCUAAACCUUCUACACCAAGGAUUACAGAAGCUAUUCGACGUCUGAGAGAUGAGAAGAGCUGCGAUGUUAGUCCUUCUUUAAAAGGAGAUGCCAACAUGGUUAUUGAUUUGGAAACGGGCGACAUGUUUCCCAAGAAACCAACUGGCGUAGACGAUUUGCUGCAGCGACUGAUGAAGACACGUGAAGCCAAGAAGCACAAGACCACGGAGACGGUUAACAUUUUGUCCACUUCACAUGGCAAGCUGGAGCUAUCCAAGGUCAGCAUACAUCUGCAUGAGGAGGAACCUGUCAACAAGGAGCAAAAACCCGGCGCUGCCUUCACAAAAAUGCAGGAACAACUGAAAUCCUUAAUUACCAAGAAGCGUAUGGAGGAUAUGCGCAAAAAGCAAGCGGAAGAAAUGGAACAGGAAGAUGAAAACGAGGAGAUGAAUAUGGAUGAAGAAUAUGAACCAGAUGAAAAGCCAGUCAAAAGUCAAGUGAUUAUCAAUGAUGAUGAGGAAAUAGUGGACGAGGAGACAGAACAAGAUGCUGGGGAUGAUGAAGGAGCAGCCGAAUCCGCUGAUGAAGCAGAGCAGGAAGCCGACGCCGAAGAUGAAGUAGAAGCCAAGGAUGAGGAAGCAUCAAGCAGCAACAACAGCGAUGAAGACAGCGAAGCUGAAGAGAAUACGCAGACAGGCAAGCGUAAGAAUCGCAUUAUACGUGCAUUCCAAGACGACAAUUCCGACGAGGAAGACGUCGAUUUGUUGCAGACACCCAAGGUAACUAAUGCAGCUCCGAUCACGGCCACCCAGCUGCAGCUGUCCGCACACAAACUAUUCGACACGGAGAUCGAACGCACUGCUAGCGACGAGGAGAAAGAAUUGCUCGGCUUGUGCUCUGGCAGAUUUACACAAUCAGAGGUGUCAUCGGCGGCACCAACGGUUGGAGCUCUCAUUAGUCAGAUUCCCAUAACACAAGCAACGUCCAACAGUCAAGCACCAGAUGAACUGGAGGCGCUGUGUUCCGGCAGCUUUGAAACACAGCCGACCUCGUUGCCGGAACCGGCGACGAAUAAGAUCUUGUCGAGCGAAGAGGAGCCUGCAGAGCAGCUUAAGGAAGAGAAGACGCGACAGAAAAAGUUGACCAAGAAGAGGCAAAAGAAGAAGGCUAAAUUGGGUUUCUCUGACGACGAAGAGAGCGAUGAAGAUUCCGUAGAGGAGGAGCAACUCGAAAGCGAAGUAGAAGAAGCAGCAGAGGAAGUACCCGAAUCUUUUGUUGACUAUGACUCCGAGGAGAACGAAGUUGUAGUCCAAAUGACGAAAAGGGAUCGCAAAUUACGAGCUGCAAACUUUGUGGAAAAGGAAGCUGAACUGUCAGAAUCGGAAUGGGGAUCAGCUGAUGAGGAUGAGAAAAAUAUGGACACAUAUGACAUUGAGUUGGGCGACGAGGAUGACUUCGAUAAAGAGAAAAUACGUCACGAACUGGGACAGAUUCAUGCCCGCAAGAUGCUGGAUCAGGAUAUACGAGAGGUGCGCAAGAUUCAGGAAAUGCUCUUCGAGGAUGAAGAAGGCGCUGUUCGACAGCGUCAGUUCCGUUGGAAGAAUGCUGAAAACGGAGCCGGCUUUAGCUUAGAUGAAUCCCGCAAUGAGAAUGCUGAUGGCGAUGCCAACGAGGGCAGCGGAGACGAGGAGAACGAGCAUCUCUGGCGCAAAAUUCGCUUCGAGAGAGAACAGUUACUGCUGGAGAAGGGACUGAAGGGGGAGACAACUGGAGGCGCUUCUCCUCUGUCACCAGCUGUGGCUAACACGAACUCAGCUGGUGGCCACGUGCGUAAGCUCAAUAUUAUUACGGCUAAGAAGACAAACGUUGAGUUGAAGAAGAGUUCUCCGUUUUUGAUCUCAAAGAGCGUUAACCCAACGCAGCAGCAGACGGUGCGUGGUUCCUUUCUGGUGCGUGACAAGGAAACACUGACCAAGUUAGCUGGUCUGACCAAAGGCGGUGCUGGCGAUGUGGACGGAACAGCGGGCACUGUAUCCGUAAAGUCAGCCAAGGCCAAGAACUUUGUCUUUGCCACGCUCACCGAGGAGGAACACGAAAAUCAAAAACGCAAAGCAGCUGAUUUGUUAAACAGCAGCAGCGAAACGGGUGUUAAUUUUAUGAAAAAGCCACGCCUGGAGCCGCGACGGGAGAAGUGCCUUAUCGAUCAGUUGCUUUAGUGUACGCAAUUAAAUAUAAUUUUAACUGUAA